AUGUCCAUCGGCUUCCUACUCCCAUCAGCUUCCUCAGCCGUGAUCUGGCGAGGUCCAAAGAAGAACGCACUGAUCAAACAAUUCCUGUUGGAUGUGGAUUGGACUGGCGGAUUGUACAACGAGGAGGAGGAGGAUGAUUUGGUGCGCGUCGAUGAGCAAGAGGAGAAAGAGGGACGAUUGGAUUAUAUGCUCAUCGAUACGCCACCCGGAACGUCGGACGAGCACUUGUCCAUCGUUUCGCUCUUGCAACCCAGCGGAUUGCAAGGUGCGAUCCUGCUGACGACGCCCCAAGAAGUCUCUUUGCAGGAUGUUCGAAAGGAGAUUUCAUUUUGCAGAAAAGUCGGCUUGCCCAUCCUGGGCGUGGUGGAGAAUAUGGCGGGAUUCGUGUGUCCUGCUUGUCAUGGCGCAUCCGACGUCUUUUACCCCUCUACCGGCGGAGCAAAGGCCCUGUGCGAAGAGCUGAGUUUGAGAUUCUUGGGCAGCGUACCGCUCGACCCUAGGAUUGGCAGAUGCUGCGAUGAGGGCGAAAGCUUUGUGGAUGCUUUUCCCGAGAGCCCAGCUGCAAAGGCUUAUUUGGACAUUAUCGCACGUGAGUGAUUUUGCCAGCAGAUUGUCCUGUUCCCCAAAGCGGGAAGGAGUGUUGGGAUGGAGGGUGCGCAAAACCUCUUCGCGCAAUCGCAAUCUGCUUUUGCUUUCGUUGCGAAGAAGUACGUCGAAGCGAAGACGCUGACCCAAUCUACUCCCUUCUCUUCCCUUCCUCUCCCCUCUUCCCGAACCUUUUUCCGAUUCGAACACCUCGCCUUGGACGCAGAAAUCCAAGAGCUUUGUCCUUGA